CAACUUUCAAAAUAUUUGACGUUUGCUUUACCCAUGCGGCGGUGACGCGAUGUCGGUGGCGCCGGCGGUAAAGCGCGAGCGCGAGUGCGAGGGCGCGAGCGCGGCGGCCGGCGAGGGGGAGGGUGGCGGCAGCCCGGGCCGCAAGCGCCGCAAGCAGGCUGCGCCGGCGCGCGCGCAGCCGCCGCCGCUCGACCUGCACGCUAAGAUGCAGGACAUCUACAAGAGCGCGCUCGCCUUCGGGGAGCUCGCGCUGCCGGCCUUCGACCCGCUCGCCGCCUUCCGCCUGCUGCCGCGCCACGACCCGCCGCGCAUCUUCAACCCCGAGGCCUACUGCGACCUGUGCUGCAAGGAGUUCUGCAACAAGUACUUCCUCAAGACGCACCGCGCCAACAAGCACGGCAUCUACGACGCCGACCAGCCGCCGCCGCACGCCGGCCUGCCCGCGCCCGCGCCCAGCCCGCCGCGCCGCGCCUCCGACGAGGACUCCGGCGGAACCCCGCGGCGACUGUCGCCCGACUCGGCGCGACGCGCGCGCGAAGCCGCCUUCCAGCCCGACGCGCUGCGCCGCCUCGGGGUGACCAACCCUGAGGCGUUCUGCGAGAUAUGCUGCAAGGAGUACUGUAACAAAUACUUCCUCCGGACCCACCGGGAGCGCAGGCACGGCGUCCCCCCUCACCGGUCGCCCGUCGCCGAGCGCUCGCCGGCCGCCGCCACGCCACCCGUCCUCACGCCGCACUCGAUCACGCCACCCGCCCCGACUCCACCGCGCGCUCUCUCGCUGCCACCGCCGUUCGAUACCGAGGAAACUCUCGAAAUUAAACGAGAACGAGAAGAUCGAGAGGAUUUUGAGGCAGCGCUGCGUGAAGGUCAAACUAGUCCCCUGAAUUUGAUAGUGGAGGAGCGCGGGGGCGCCUCGCCCGGCUCCGCCAGUGAAGAGCUCCGUAAGCUGCAGACGAUGAUAUCGCAGCUGAACGAGCUCGCGGCCGAACGCCUCGCCGAGGAGCCCAACGACGCGCCGCGACCGCCCUCCACCUCGCCGCCGUCGCAGGACGAGCGGCGCUCCGGCGGCGCCGGCUCCAGCUUCUGCGAAAUCUGCAACAAGGAGCUCUGUAACAAGUACUUCAUGCGCACGCACAUGCAGCGUAUGCACGGCAUCUCGCUGGAGAGCGGCACUCAGCUGGGCGGCGUGACCUGCGACAUCUGCCACAAGGAGCUGUGUAGCAAGUACUUCCUGCGCGUGCACAAGCACAACACGCACGGCGUGCCCGCGCCUCCCGCGCCCCCCGGCGCCGCGCCACCCGAGCCAUGCCCGCUGUGUGCGCGGCGCUUCCGUGGCCCGCGAGCGUUGCGCGCGCACUUGCUAGCCGAGCACGCGCCACCCGCACGCCCGCCACCACCUCCGCCGCGCCCACUCGAGCUGCUAGCACGUGACAAACCCUACGCCUGCGCCUUCUGCCCCUUCACCACCGACGUGCUGGCGUUCCUGUUCGCGCACGAGCGCGCGCAUGCGCAGCGCGCUGCCGAACCGGAGCCCGAAGCGGAGGGUGAGAGUGCAGCCGACGAGCCCAGCGAGAGCGGCGAGGGCAGCGGCUCAGCCGAGGGCGAGGCGGACUACUCGUGCUCGCGCUGCGAGUUCCGCGCGGAGAGCUUCGCGGCGCUGGAGGCGCACGUGCGUGGUGCGCACGGUGGCGCGGGCGCACUGCUGGCCGUGCCGCGGGCGCCGCGCGCGCCGCUCACCAUGCAGCCAUUCGUGCUGGAGGAGGCGGGUGGCGCGCUGAGCCUGCUGCCGGCGCUGGUGUUCCUGCCGGUGCGGCGCCGCGCCACGCGCCGCGCCACCGUCACGCUAACGCUGACGCCGGCCUAG